UUUUAAUGGAGAAGGCAAAAGAUUAAUUUAAGAAAGAAUGAUGAGAAUUGAUGAUAAGAAUUGUUCGCUCGAUAUUUUUAAAUCCAAUAAUAGGAUAAACAUAGACGCAGUUUAAAAAUACAGUUGCACUUUUUUUCGAUUACGUGUGUCACAUAUUCCUGUUUUUCCCGACAUUUAUUUAUCUGUACAUCUGUCCGUCCGUCCGUUCGUCUGUCUCAUGAUCUUGUCGCAGCUUUUUAACACAAUUUUUAAUGAAGUCUAAUAUCUCGUUUCUCGGAAAAUAUAUACAGCAGAAGCCUAGAGAUGGCGCGCACAUCUACACUUUUCUGCACUCAAAAAGGACUCGAUUAAUGAACUGCACCGUAACUGUACCUAAUUCAUAAUACGGUAUUGAGUUUUUAAAACUCAAAAAUUAAGCUUCGGAAAAUUUUGCAAGAGGCGAGGUAGUCAGAGAAUCUAGUCAGGAAUAUGUCAUAUUAAGAACAAAAAAUAAUUCGGGAAUUGUCACAGAUUUUCUAUUAGACCCUGCGCUACAGAUUUUCAAUACGGUCAGUGAAUAUCAGAACCGUGCUGUGGUCGUUGGUAUUUGCAUGUACACGCAAUGCGAACGUCACGAUUGACGCCGUUAUCACCGCAUGUUUUCGUGAUUUCAUUCAGUUAUGGAUUAAAUCGACUCGCCGAUUUUACAUUUGACCAGUGCUUCCAGUUACGAAUUGAAUACGAUUUCGUAGUCAUAGCAGAAGGUGCACCGGGAAGUCCCAUCACGAGCGACAAAUAAGAACCACUGAACGAGUAUGUCGAGUGAGAACAAGGGGCCUGUUCCGCCCCGUUGGCUUAAUUGUCCGCGAAAAGCAAUGAGGCUGAUCCAGGAUAAGUUUCUCGCCUUCAAAACACCCUUGUCUGCAGCCUAUGAUAGUCAGGUGCCUGAAGAAUGUCGCUUCAAUGUAGAUAUGUUCUUUGCGUAUCUGAAAAGUCAGAAACUGAAGAUGGGUUUGUGGAUAGACUUGACCAACACAUCAAGGUUUUAUGAUAAAAACACCAUAGAAGAAUACGACUGUAAAUAUGUGAAACUGCAGUGUCGUGGCCAUGGCGAAACUCCAUCUGAAGAGCAGACUCGUGCUUUUGUGCAACUCUGCAGAAAUUUCAUUGCUCACAAUCCCUUGGAGAUUGUCGGCGUACAUUGCACACAUGGCUUUAAUAGGACUGGAUUUCUCAUAAUCAGUUACUUAGUGGAAGUAGAUGGUACCAGUGUUGAUGCUGGUAUAGCUGAGUUUGCUAUUGCAAGACCUCCUGGAAUUUACAAAGCUGAUUACAUAAAGGAACUAUACAAGCGAUACGACGAAGAAGAAGAUGCACCACCUCCGCCUGCGAGACCAACAUGGUGCUUAGAAGAUUCCAACAUCGAGGAUGCAGAUGAGGGACCGAGCACAGAAAACGACAAUUGUCGGGAGGAAAAGAGCAAGAAGAAGAGACGUGAAAUUUUUAAUAAAAAUCCAGUGUUUAUGGCUGGUGUACCUGGUGUCUCUCCUAUCCUAGAAAAAAAGAGGUUAUCAGGAAUUCAAAGGCGAGUCCAGGAAAUCUGUGGAUGGGAGGGAUCUGGAUUCCCUGGUUCUCAACCUGUGUCUAUGGACUGUGACAAUAUAAUAUUACUGCACACAAAACCAUAUAGAGUAUCUUGGAAAGCAGAUGGUACGAGAUACAUGAUGUUGGCACAAGGAGAUGGAGAGGUGUAUUUUAUAGACCGGGAUAACAGCGUCUUUGAAGUGAACAACUUAACUUUCCCACACGUGCGAGAAAACCGAUGUCUGAGAGAUACUCUGAUGGAUGGUGAGAUGGUGAUCGACAAGGAUAAAGACAAAGAUAUUCCUAGGUAUUUGGUGUAUGAUGUCAUCAUGUAUGAUGGACAGGAUGUCAGUAAAUUACCGUUCCAUCAAGACCGUUAUUUCAUAAUCGAGCACAAAAUAAUAGCCGGUAGACAGAAAGCCAUGAAAGAGGGACGAUUAAUUAAGGAACGGGAACCAUUUUCGGUACGAUUGAAAUAUUUCUGGGAUGUGACGCAGAGUAAAAAUCUGUUGGGCGAAAAAUUUGCAAAGCAGCUUUCCCACGAACCGGAUGGUUUGAUUUUUCAACCUGCCAAGGAAAAAUACUGUUCGGGAGUAUCCACGGAGGUAUUAAAGUGGAAACCACUGUCAUUAAAUUCUGUAGAUUUCAAAUUAAAAAUUGUCACGGAAACAGGCGUGGGUAUUGUACCGCGAAAAAUUGGGCAUCUUUAUGUGGGCGGAUUAAGAACGCCGUAUGGCACGAUAAAGAUAACUAAACAGAUCAAAGAUCUGGACAAUGCGAUUAUUGAAUGUAAAUUCGAAAAUGGUCAAUGGGUUUUUAUGCGUCAGCGAGUGGACAAAACAUAUCCUAAUUCCAUUGGAACUGCCGAAUCUGUAUGCAAAAGUAUUAUUAAGCCGGUCACGAAGGAACGACUUCUGGAUUAUAUCGACAAAUACAGAUUUGAACGGGAAGAGACAGACCUUAUGCCACCACCGAGCAAAAAGAGAAUUUUAAAUGCAUCAUGAUAUCAUCAUUCUCAUGAUAUCAUGAUGCAUUUAAGAUUCCCAUUAUCUUCAUUAUUAUUAUAUUAUUAUUAUUAUUAUAAAUCAUGUGUCGCAAUUUUAAUUAUUAUCCGAAUGAUAUAAUGAAUUAUAUUUAUUUAAUUAGAAUGCGGACACUUUUAAGCUUGAGGAGAUCUUGAUGUAAUUUUACAUUUCUUACUAUAUCUUGGAUAUGAUUAAGUUGAUCCGAAUUUUGAGAAAUGUUAGACUCAAGAUGACAAUUAGAUAUUUUUUGUCUAUAGAAAAGAAAAGAUCAAGAAUGAUAUAAGAAUAGAACGUUUAUUACGCAUUAUGUUUAAUUGUGAUAAAUGUGCCGUUCUUAGUUAUAACAAUCUUUAUCAGAUUUUAGUUUUAAUAUACAAUAUAUCAUGUAUUUUGAUGAAUUGAGAUUAUUAAUCGUUGAAUAAAAAAACAUUUUGUAAUAUA